UGCUCCGGGAAAUCGAUAUUAUUAUUUAAUGUAAACAGCAUUAAGGUUAACUAUAGGUAGGGAAGGGGGUGGGGGUACAGAAAGGAGGCCAACUUGCAAAGCCCUGCCAUCUCCCAGGUGCCCCGAGGAACGACCUGGCUCUCAUCGCACGGCUAAUCGAUGCAUUUUUCUGGGUGAAUUGGUUGCUCAGGCUCUUUCCCCCCCUCCCCCUCCCCACAGCGCCAGCGCCAGCGCCUCCGCCGCCGCCUCCUCCUCCCGUUUGGGUUGCAAAUGGCUUCGCUUCCCGAACCGGAUCUCCAGCUCAGUCCCCAGCGUUAGGCGCAGUGCAGGCCAUCAGCCCGCCCGGUCUUAUCUCCUCCAGCUAGUCCACGUCGCCGCCGUCCCAGCAGACCUCCAGAUCGGCCGGGGGCGGGGGCGGAGGCGGGGGCGGGGGCGGCCCAGCCUCCGCGUCCUCCUCCUCCUCCCGCUGCUGCUGCUGCUGCUCCUGCUCCUCCUCGUCCUCGCCGAGGCAGCACAUCCUGCCCUGUCUCCACGCCUUCUGCCGCCAGUGUCUGGAGGCGCAGAGACACUCGGCUGCGGCGGCGGCGGCGGCAGCAGCAGCGGGCAGCGGCGGCGGAGGCGGCGGCGGCGGCGGCAGGCGGGCCGCUCGGGGAGCCCCUGCACUCGCGCUGCCCCAUCCGCGACCAGAAAGUGGUGCUCUCUGCCUCGCCGGGCAUGGAUGCGCUGCCCUCCUCCAACUUCCUCCUGAGCAACCUGCUGGACGUGGUGGUGGCGGCCGAGGAUUCGCCGCCGCCGCCGCCGCCGCCGCCCAAGAACAACGGCCGCGGGGUGGUGGGCGGCGGCGGCGGGGGCGGGGGCAGCGGCAGCAACAACCGCCAUCACCACCAUCACCAUCACCACCACCACCACCCCCGUGCGCCCCCGCCGCAGCCGCAGCCGCCGCCCACGGCCGGCUCCCCGCUGCAGCCGCCGCAGCCGCCGCCCUCCUCCUCCUCUUCCUCCUCCUCUUCUUCCUCCCAGCAGCAGCAGCAGCAGCCGCAGGCGCAGCCGUCUUCCUCCUCCUCCCAGCAGCAGCAGCAGCAGCAGCAGCAGCCGCCGCCGCCGCCGCCGCCUGCGCAGCACCCGCACCGGGAGCACCCGCACGCGCCGCGCGCCCCGUCAGCCCAGUCCUCGUCGUCGUCCUCGUCUUCUUCCUCGUCGCUGAUGCUCCGGCGGCCGCACAGCCAGGGCGAGGCGCGCUGCAGCUCUUGCGACGAGGGCAACACGGCCAGCUCGCGCUGCCUCGACUGCCAGGAGCACCUGUGCGACAACUGCGUCCGCGCGCACCAGCGGGUGCGCCUCACCAAGGACCACUACAUCGAGCGCUUCGGCAGCCCAGCCGCGGCGGCCGCAGCAGCAGCCGCCGCCGCCGCCGUGGCCGCCGCCGCCGCCAACAACACGGCGGCGGCCGCGGCGCAGCUCGCGCUCAGCCAGUCCUUCCCCGGCUCGCCCUUCUCCAUCCUCUCGGUGUUCCCCGAGCGGGUCAGUUACUGCCAACAGCAUGAUGACGAGGUGCUCCAUUUCUACUGUGACACGUGCUCCGUCCCCAUCUGCCGAGAGUGCACGAUGGGGCGCCACGUCGGGCACAGCUUUAUCUACCUCCAGGAUGCCCUCCAGGACUCUCGAACCCUGACCAUCCAGCUGCUGGCCGACGCACAGCAGGGCCGCCAGGCCAUCCAGCUAAGCAUCGAACAGGCCCAGGCGGUGGCGGAGCAAGUGGAGAUGAAGGCGAAGGUGGUCCAGUCCGAAGUGAAGGCGGUUACGUCCCGGCACAAGAAGGCCCUGGAGGAGCGGGAGUGUGAGCUGCUGUGGAAGGUGGAGAAGAUCCGGCAGGUCAAGGCCAAGUCUCUGUACCUGCAAGUGGAAAAGCUUCGGCAGAACCUCAACAAGCUGGACAGCACCAUCAGCGCGGUGCAGCAGGUCCUGGAGGAGGGGCGCGCCAUGGACAUCCUGCUGGCCCGAGACCGCAUGCUGGCCCAGGUGCAGGAGCUCAAGACCGUGCGGAGCCUCCUGAAGCCCCAGGAAGACGACAGAGUCAUGUUCACACCGCCCGACCAGGCGCUGUACCUGGCCAUCAAGUCUCUGGGCUUCGUCAGUAGCGGGGCUUUUGCGCCCCUGACGAAGGCCACCGGGGAAGGCCUGAAACGCGCCCUCCAAGGCAAGGUGGCCUCGUUCACCGUCAUCGGCUACGACCACGACGGGGAGCCGCGGCUGUCCGGGGGAGACCUGAUGUCCGCUGUGGUGAUGGGGCCCGACGGGAACCUGUUCGGCGCCGACGUUAGCGACCAGCAGAACGGGACCUACCUGGUCAGCUACCGGCCGCAGCUGGAAGGCGAGCACCUGGUCUCUGUCAUGAUGUGCAACCAGCACAUCGAAAACAGCCCUUUCAAGGUGCUGGUCAAGUCCGGCCGGAGCUACGUGGGGAUCGGCCUGCCCGGCCUCGCCUUCGGCAGCGAGGGGGACAACGACGGAAAGCUGUGCCGCCCGUGGGGGGUCAGCGUGGACAAGGAGGGCUACAUCAUCGUGGCUGACCGCAGCAACAACCGCAUCCAGGUGUUUAAGCCCUGCGGCACCUUCUAUCACAAGUUCGGCACGUUGGGCUCGCGGCCCGGCCAGUUCGACCGCCCGGCGGGGGUGGCCUGCGACUCCUCCCGGAGGAUCGUGGUGGCCGACAAGGACAAUCAUCGCAUCCAGAUCUUCACGUUUGACGGGCAGUUCCUGCUCAAGUUUGGUGAGAAAGGCACGAAGAACGGACAGUUCAACUACCCUUGGGACGUGGCAGUGAAUUCGGAAGGCAAGAUUCUGGUCUCUGAUACCCGGAACCACCGAGUCCAGCUGUUCGGGCCCGAUGGAGCCUUCCUGAACAAGUACGGCUUUGAAGGGGCCCUCUGGAAGCACUUUGAUUCCCCCCGGGGCGUGACCUUCAAUCACGAAGGCCAUCUGGUGGUGACGGACUUCAACAACCACCGCCUGCUGGUCAUCCACCCAGACUGCCAGUCUGCACGCUUCCUGGGGUCAGAGGGCACAAGCAAUGGGCAGUUCCUGCGCCCUCAGGGGGUCGCGGUGGACCAGGAAGGACGCAUCAUCGUGGCCGAUUCCAGGAAUCAUCGGGUGCAGAUAUUUGAAUCCAAUGGCAGUUUCAUAUGCAAAUUUGGUGCUCAGGGAAGUGGCUUUGGCCAAAUGGACCGUCCCUCUGGCAUUGCUGUCACUCCAGAUGGCAUGAUUGUCGUGGUCGAUUUUGGAAACAAUCGGAUCCUCAUCUUUUAAUAAGAAGAAUGUUGGCUUUGUUGUUCUUGAGGUUGUUCUUUGGGGUGGGUGGGGGGGUGGUUGGUUGGUUGGUUGGUUUUCCAUUUUGAAUUUCAAAGAAGAAAGUGUCUCAGGGAAAUUUUUUUUUCUUUAUUAAGAGAACAAAAAAAGUACAACGUUACUGAAGACCUACCUCAUCUUUAUUUUUUUACAGAUGAAUGUACUUACCUUUCUGCAGGGAUUGAGCCUGGGAAGUCACAGAGUCUUAUCUACCUCAUGAUCUUUCGGUUUCCUCCUCCCUUUGUCCCUUCCCCCUCCCCUUUCUCAGCCCAGUGCAGUUUUGGGAUUUAUCUCCAUCCUCAAGAUGGGUGGCCAUUGGAGUGGUCACCGUGCUAUCACUGGACAGGUCGUGUGCGAUCAAGCUUUCUAGAGGGGAAGCCAAGCGAGGCUCGCUCUCUAACUUAAAAACUAUAGAUCUAUAUGUAUCUAUAUGUCUCUAUAGAUAUAUAUUUACAUAUAUAUAAGAUGAAAAAAGUAGGGUUAGGUACUUAGAGCAUCUGUGUUCUGGAUUCUAGACUGUGGUUUGUGGGUUUCUGCCUGUGUUAAGUGUGUUUUCGUAAGCCUUUUAAAAACUUUUUAAAAUGCUGCAACAGAGUCUAUUUUCCUCCCCUUUUAUACCUCAGUGUGUUUGACUUACUGUUGAGCAGCUUUUUCUUAUUUCUGGAAAAUAUGGGUGGGGUGUGCCAGCUGAGAAAAGGGGGCCUUUCCUAUGGGGGGUUCUGUUUUAGAGGAGUGUGUGCGGUGUCCCCAUCCCAGAUAGUAAAGCCAAGAAGAUGGCACACAGCAUCUUAAGUUUUUUGAUGACUUUUAUUCAAUAUUCUUCAGUGUUUCGGGGAUAGUUUUUGUCGGGGAGGGAGGGGUGUGAUUUGUUAGGAACAAAUAUUGGUUAGGAAGAGUGGAAGUCAUCUAAUUCUUGGAUUUAAAACUUUUAAAAAAAUGUUUUGAGAGAGUGAGUGUGUGUGUGUGUGUUUGGAUGUUUGAGAACAUCAGAAGGAGAAGUAAAGGAACGUGGGGAAUUGUUGUCGUGUGUUGUAGUUAGGAUUUUUUUUUUCUCAGAGUGAUGGUGGUAGGUGGAAGAAUAAAGUUUUUAUUUUAAAGCACAAUUUUUUACAGCUUUGGAUGUUCAGGGAACAAAAACCUUUAAUUGUCAGAGUUAACAUUUCCCUUCCCCAACAAAAAGAAUUCUUGGAUCUUCUGAGAGGUCACUUUAAUUGCAUCAUUUGUGAAAACUGGUGUUGCACAGGAGACUUGAUAGUCAGCAUUAAUUACUUGGAGUGCUUUUGAAUGUAGAGAUCGUUUCCCCUCUGAACUUAUCCCCCUUCAGAUGUUUGACAGAGGCAGGUAAAAGUGAGGAAGGGGGCCGCUUCCUCCCUACUCUGCCUUGGUCCGCAUGUACCAAAGAACAAAAGGCAGAGCGCUCAGCCUUGAACCCAGUGGCCAGACCUGGGCACUUGGGAGUUUAUGGUAUUCCUAGCUGGGCACGAGUUUCUUCUCAUGACCUGGAGCUUUUUCAUUAGCUCCUCAUCUGACUUGAAGGAUAAGCAGAAAUUGUAGACAUCCUGCAGGGGCAGAGGCAGGCCUUGUAUUUUCCCUAGUUAUUGGGCUUCUCACUUUGUUUCUUGUCUUCUCUAAAAAGAAAUCAGGCUUCCCUGAGCCCUAGUGAGGGUUUGGGAGCCAGCUAGUUUUCAGAGGUCAGAAAGCCUCAUAGAUUAGCCUCCAUUUCCAUCCUGGAAGGAGGAAUGGCUGUUAGUUCAAAAGGGUCAGACCUGAGAAAGCUAGUGACUUGGGAGAGAGCUAUUUAUUUUUGCCACCUAGGAGAUGGCGGCACAAAGGAUAACGGAAUCUCCCUGUCCAAAGACACCUCCUUUGGGCAGCUUUUUCGUUACUGGGGUCAUUGCAAUUUGAGGUUUUCAAGAUCUCUCCUCUCUUCACUGCCUUCUCUUUCUGGUGCUCCUGCCUUGUUUCUUUUGCUCUCUCUCUUUCCCCCUAUAUGUUCUUGAGGUCUUCUCUUCCUAAACUAAAGACUUUGUCAAGGAAGAGAGGAUACUGUGUCCAUAAAAUCCUGGGUGGAUCCACAAAAAUUCUCAGCGUAUCUAUUUUGUAAAGCCAAUAAAGUCUGGAAGGUAGAAGCCAGACUCCCGAGUACCCCAUGUGGAAACAGCAUGGGAAAUUCUUAAUGCAGACAAGGCAUUGCACCCAAAUAUCUGUCAGGAAGAGAGGAAGGGGUGAGAAGUAUUUGAGUCUGGCAUUCGAAUGCUUCUCACUCAUUCCCCAAUCACCUCUAAUGUAAUGCCUCUGAUUGUGCCCCCCCGAUAAUGAAACCUUUCCCAUUUUCUUUGGCUGUCAUGACUUAGUCACUUUUGUCCCUAAAUUCCAAAUUCUCACUGAACCAUUUUUAUGUUUAGUGACAGUUGGGGAAGGUCUUUUUUUAGUGAGAAAAUACCACCCAGCACCCCUUAAAUACCAAAGAUAACGAGUUCUAAAAGCUUUAAAAAGAUUUCAAUUCUGGGAGUCCUUGUGGAUUUUCCCCCCAUAAUCUUCCUUACUGCCUUAGCCUGUAUUCUAGCACAUCUUUCUAUCGUGCCUAACGCUUUUCUUUCCCACAUCUCAACUCUGGUCUCUUCCUGCAGACAUUUUGGCGGGAAAUUUGGAGACCCAGAUGAUGCGUUACCUUUUUGUUCAUCAGCAGUAACUGACAUGUCAAAAACUUAGAGUUUGGCUUUCAAGAUGGUUCUCCGUCUUGUAAUGUCUAAGCGUUAAAGCCGACCUUCACCGAUCUGGGAGUAAACUUUGUUUGGAUGUCUCGAAUCGGAAGAGGCAUGGCUUGGCUUCCUUCCUUGGUAGUACAGCUCCCUUUAAAUCAGUAGAUCAAUAGCACACGUGUGCCUGGCUGUCUUUCCAAGAAAUGUGUGUCACACUUGGGAAGUCUUUGUUUGUAAAACAUCACCAUCUGCCGAUGGAUCCCCACAGCCUUUUCUCUCCUGCUGGAAGAGCGCUAAGCGCUCUGAAAGAAUGUUAGUCCAGCUUCCAACAUGAGUGGGUCUUCAUUCAAAGGGAAGAAUGGAAUGAAAGCCAACAUCUGGUACCCCCUAGGGGUGUGGCUAUUCAACAAGCACCCAAAUCCCCCUGCUCUGAAUGUUUACUUUCCAUUGCCAGGGAAGGCUGAGGUAUCUGGAAAGGUGCAGUUUAGGCACAUCAGCUGUGUGAGAAUGGGACCCAAGGAGAGAGUUUGUUUCCGAUAAAGACGUGACUUUUAGAUACUUUCCAACAACCUCCUUUGGCACUGGCCCCAUGGUCGCUGAGGGUGGGCAGUGAGUCAGGGGAGAUGCUAAGGAGAUUCGUUUUCAUCCAACUAGUUUUAGAAAAGGCGGAUUGGAUUUGUGCACUAAAACUCUCCUGAAGGAAUUUAAAUAAUCCAUGGGUUAAACCACUUUGGGUGGGUGGGGGGCUGAUGACCUUUGAAAAGUGUGGUCAGCUAAAACAAACCGCUUUCUGGCAGCGAACGUGACUAUUAGGCCAUCCUGCUGCCAAGCCUGUGACACAGAACACAUAUGAGGUAGCCCUGGCACUGUGUAAGGCAGUACCCUAGGUGAGCUAGAACAAAAACCCUCCAUUGGUACCAGUUUUAAGUGUAACUUACUUAGGGGAAACCCUAUAAGAGCGUACCAUAAAGACAAGCUAAAAUUUAACAUUGGGCCAAAAAAGUCAAGUUGCAAACAGAAUUAGGGCACUUCGAGUUUGGCUUCCAAUGGGAUAACUUGAGUUCAGCUUUUAGUUAGAGUUAAGCCAAAGCUUAAUUUAUUUGAAGAGUGAAGUCUUUAGGCUUGGUCUAGCAGAACUGUAUUUGUUUGUCUAUUUUCUUCUUUUAAAGAUUUGUGAGAUUUCUGUGUUUGGUAAAUGAGUGAAAGUCGUGCCAAAGUGUUGUGGGUUUGUUUUGUUGUUUUGUUGUGUUUUUCUUGGAAAAAAAUCUACACGGUGCCAAAAAAAAAAAAGGAACUAGGGUAUUUAUUUAAACACCGCUCUUUGGAGUUUGUUUCCCACAGUCUGGAGCUGUAUAAAAUUCAAACACUGGUACUUGCGUUAGACAAAUAUGCCUCUGAUCCUCGAGUUUCCCCGAGACCUCGGGCCCCUGCUUGCUGUUGGCGCAGGAUGCACAAAGCAUGACAUCUUUUUUUGUUGUUGUUUCUUUGUUUUUAGUUAUUUGAGAAGUUGUUGGGUUUUUGUCCUUUGCCUUGUUUCUACCUCAUUUUUAGAGACAGCAUCUACCUCAUUUAAGCACUCAACAGGUCUCUGAAGAAAUAGUAUUAAUCGAUUUGAGGAAAAACCACCCAGCGCUCCCAUGCCUAUGGAGAUGGACCCAUUCAUCUAUCCGGUGACCUACAGGAGAUUUUGCUGACUUUCAGGAGGACGGUUCAGUUGCCCUGGUUAGAGAAGCUGAAUUGAAACCAAAUGUUCUUAGGAAACUCAAGCAAACAGUCCCCCCCAUCCAAAUCGUUCUUAACCAAUUGGACUCUUUUAUUUUAAUGAAGAGUUAUGCAAACUUGUUUUAAAAAUCCACUUUGUUCAGUAUUAAAAACAAAACCGACUCGUCAUUGAAAUCUAUUGGGAAUUGGAAUUUGCAGCAUUCUUACAUCCUCAAGACCUUUAGGUCUCCUCUCUUCAAGAGAAAAAUAUUUUAUUUUGUCUUAUGUUUGGAUGUUUACAAAUACGUCCUGUUAGAGAAGAUUGUAUUGCUAUGAAUGCUUUGGAUCGAUACCAAAUGUGUGAAGGGAAUGAGAAUUGUUUUGACUUUGUGAUUGUAUUUGUCGUUAGCUUGGCCCAGUGGGGUGUCUUCCGCCAUGACCUAAGGAGCCCGCUUCUCUCCACGGCCGGGGAGAACUUUGAGGGAAUGUCUUUAUUUUUGUUGCUACCAAAGGUAAUCUGGGGGGACUUGGGGUUUGUUUUAAAUAAGGCGAGAAGCACAUUACCGGAAAGGAGGGCGGCUCUCCCAGGGCCCCCGGGUUCUUUCAGGCGGGGAGUCGUGGUAGUGUCCAGCGUCGCCCGCUCAGCGCGCUGGGCUGCGUCAUGGUGAGAAGACACGCCUCUGUUUAAAAACGAAUCAAUAAGAUGAUCUUACGGGUGAACAUUAAGCCAGGUAGGCGGGCAGCUCCCGCCGCGUUAACCAAUGAUGGUUCUAAAAGCUUUGUGCGUCCCUGCAUGGUCUUAGACCCUCUCGAUGAUUGUAUGAACAUUACAAACUCAGGUAGAAUCGGCCGUGAAGGCCUCCUGCCGGGCCUUCGCCUCUUUCUGUGUCGGUGGCUUCUUACUCUGCGUAGCUGUUUCCCCAGGACGCCGUGUCCGGCCCUGGGCUGUGUGUUAUCUUCUGGUGGUGGGUGGGUGGUUCCCUGUUUUUCCCCCCUAAAAUCAGUACAGGUGAAGG